AUGUUCGAUACCGAGUGCAGAGCCCGGCAGUAUUUUCCCUGGGUCGCUAUUCUCCUCCACCACGAAGCCGCCUGCCAGAGCCAGUGGCACACUGUCUGUGUGUCCAUCGCAGCCGGACGGCUGAGCAAGGGUCACGGGGAGCUUUUUUCACGGGACAGGGCAUCCAUUUUCCCUCCUCUCUCGGCAGCGCAGCCCAGGGCGGCGGAGGCUGACCAGGAAUUUGAGGAUCCGAGGGAUGCGGAUGAUGCUGUCUAUGAAUUGGAUGGAAAAGAGCUUUGCAGUGAGAGGGUUACAAUUGAGCAUGCAAGAGCACGCUCUAGGGGUAGAGGCAGAGGGAGGUACUCUGACCGUUUUAGUAGCCGCCGUCCACGUAGUGACAGGAGAAAUGCCCCACCUGUAAGAACAGAAAAUCGCCUCAUAGUUGAAAAUUUGUCUUCCCGAGUCAGCUGGCAGGAUCUCAAAGACUUCAUGAGACAAGCUGGGGAAGUAACCUUUGCAGAUGCACACAGACCUAAGUUAAAUGAAGGGGUGGUUGAAUUCGCCUCUUACAGUGAUUUAAAGAAUGCUAUUGAAAAGCUUUCUGGUAAAGAAAUUAAUGGAAGGAAAAUCAAAUUAAUUGAAGGCAGCAAAAGGCACAGUAGGUCCAGAAGCAGGUCACGGUCUCGUAGCAGGAGCUCAUCCAGGUCUCGUAGCCGUUCCCGUUCCCGCAGCCGCAAGUCUUACAGCAGGUCAAGGAGUAGGAGCCGUAGCAAGUCUCGAUCAGUUAGUAGAUCUCCAAUGCCAGAGAAGAGCCAGAAACGUGGUUCUUCCAGUAGAUCUAAAUCCCCAUCAUCUGUGGAUCGGCAGAGGUCUAGAUCGAGGUCGAGAUCUGUUGACAGUGGCAACUGAACUAUAACUAACUUGCCCUGGGGGCCCUUUUUUAAACCAUACUUGCUAAAACUUGUGGUAAGUAUGUGACUUUCUGUGGGGAAGGGUUUGGAUGGGGAGGGGGGAGGGAUGGGGGUACUUUGUAGAUGUGGACCAUGGUGGGCAGGGUUAUUGACUAAUUGUAUUAAAUGUUUUUUUGAUAACCGUUUUCUUGCUCACAUUUUUUGUGAAUGUCUGAAGUGUAUAGUUUGUGUAUAUGGGCAGAGCUCUUUAUAGCUAAAGCAGACAAAUGUUUUUGUACUCCAAAAAGAGUCAUCUGAACACUUAAUUCCCAGUAUAUUCAACUGUGAAUAGCAACUCGGAAUAUUAGUUUAAUAUCACAAAUUAAACUAAUAGCUUUAGGCAUCGAAGAGCUCUACAUGUGCUGUACAUAAAGCUUUAUUUCAGAGGGUAUUUUUUUGUGCUUUUGAACCAUUGUUUCAGUUAUAGGUCAGCAGAUUAAGUGCUGGUCAGUACUGGUAAUAAAACUUUAUUUUAAAAGCUUUUCAUUUAAUAUGACUUGCACUACACUAAAAAUGCCCGUUUCACUGCCCUGUGGUAAUAGUAUUCUAUAAAGCACCCUAAUUCUUGAUACGUAAGAAUUAAAUAGCUCAAAUAAAGUAUAAAGAAACA